CAGGGUACUACAGUUUUCUUACCAAAUGGUUAAAUAUUCAUCGGUUCGUCCUACUUCUCGACAAAAUGGUCUCGACACCUGAUACUCGUAGCUGAUGGCUCGCAUUAUAAUAUGCAAAUCUUCGCCGAAACCAUCGAUCCUUCUCUCGAUCAUUUUCCGAUAAAAAAUAUCACUCGUAUUCGUUAUUGUUGUGUCGUCGAGUGCGAUCUUACCUACCUACCUAUCUAGUGCGCGUUCGCAUUUAAUUCAAAAAUUAUGAAAAUCUUCGCGCUUUUAAUUCUACUUCGAUGAAUUUUCUUCGAAAAGCAUGUCUCGUUUAUUAAUUAUUUUCAUCGCUUUUAUACACCAUACUCGCGGCGACGAUGUUCCAGGUGAAGAAGAUGAAGGUGCUGGUAUAAGCGACAUCGACGUAAGAAACGAUUCUCGACAUGAUCUCAGCAACAUGACACUACCGAUGAGGAAUAAAUUCUUACAAAAUUUAUAUAAAAUUGUGCAAAGCAGUUACGACACUGCCAACUCUGAAGAAAACAUCGAUCGAUUCCCAACCGAAGCUUUGAACGGUAUCUACGUCGAAUGUAUUUUAGGACUUUCGUUUCCGUGUUUGCAGAAAAAAAUGAUCAAUUUUUUAUCCAAACUCGAUAAAAUGAGACGUAUCGAUUUGAUCGGUAAAUCUAUCGUGGUUGUUCGAAAAGCCGAGCAUUCUUCCGAUGCAGCCAUUUUGGCCAAAAUAGCCGAAUACGUUGAUCCGUCGUAUUUAAAAGAUUUCAUCGAUCAUUUAAUCGACGUGUUCUUCGAUAAUCACGUUUUACGAGUGAAAAUUCCGUCGUAUUUUCAAGAAAACUCCUCGGAUGACGUUAAUGAAACUACGUUCGUCGAUAUAGAUUUCGGUGUUCAGAGAGCUCCAGCGUCGUCGAGAGAUGGUAAAAUACGUAAAAGCAGACAUCCUCAUCACCAUGGAAAAAUCAGAGGUCUAAAGAAACUCCUCAUGUUGAUGGGAUUACUGAUGUGUAUGAAGCUAUCAAUGAUGGGUCCUCUGAUGCUCGGUGUAAUCGGAUUGAAAGCCAUGAAAGCUCUGAUCUUGGCAGUAAUGUCGAUAACAAUUAGUAAAAUGAUGAUGUUGGGUAAAGGAGGACAUCUCAGUGGAAUGCUCGCUGCACAUGAUACAGCAUCAAGUGGUAGUGGUUGGGAUCGUACGAUUCAAGAACAAUAUACGUCAACUUCUUCUUUACCAUAUCAUAUUGAACCGCCAGUACCUUACAAUAGUUAUACUGUUCAAUGAUAUAAUUCAGAAAUGAAAUCGUAAUUUUGCAGAAGAGAAUUUUUUAGAUAUUAUUUUACAAACGUACAAACCAUACCUAUUCAGAUUUUGAGUGUUACGAUUACCUACGAAUAUUAUGAAAGAUCAUGUACAUAUUU